GAUAAUAAGAAUAAUCCGGAGCCGCGCCGCGCCGCUGGUUGGUGCGAUUCGCCCGUUCGAAAUUUGAAUCCCAACGGCCGUCACCGCGCGUCGUCCCCUCGGAUGACGACCCUUCUCUUCGUCUAAACCCUCGAUCUCCGCCUUGCCUCGCUUCCUUCGCUUCCCUCGCUCGUCCUCGUCCUCGUCGUCGUAGUGCUCCUCUUCGUGCUCCUCAACGUUCUCCUCGUCGCCUCGCCUUUCCUCGUCUGUCCUCGCGACGCCUGCCCUUCGGCAAGUCCACAGGCCACAACGCUUGCGCUCUCGCAGCGUCGCCCCUUCGGCACACUUCUCGUGUCUUCUCUUCUCGUCUCGUCUCUUCCCUUCGCUUCGCUUCGCUUCCUUUCCUUUCCCUUUCUUUUCCCGUGCCGUGGCGUUCUCUGUUGAGCGGACUUGGGUCGGGUGUUGACGAUUUCAGCGCGCCGGUGGAAUCUCCGAAAUUGCGAGCGACGGAUCAAGUAACAGCGCGAUGGAAGCGGGGUGAAGAUGCGAAGAAGAUAUGAUGAUGUCGUCGCCGGUGCUGUAAAUUCGGGCGAACAUCGUCGGGAGGAAGAGGAGGGAGGGAGGCUGACAUCUGCAUGGCUUACUGACUGAAAUGCGCCACUGUCUACAGUCGACGUUGUCAUGACAGACCCCUUUGACUUUACCAUAAUACAGCGCUGCUGUGACUUUUAGCCAUGGUGGUUCUUUUUCCCGGUACAAAGGACCAGUCUUGGCGGUGGCAGACCACGAAUCAGGACUACGGAAGGUUCUACCUUGCAUUAAGCUCGGAGGCCCUAGGGGUUCAUUGCAGGCACAACGAGUUGCAUGCCGAGUGUAAUAAGAAAUGCGAGGCGCUGUCAAGGCAACUGUAUGAGCUGAAGUCCGAACUUGAGCGUUUGCGCAUCGGUGAACGCAUCCACAGUCCACGACAAGGCUGUAGAUCUCCAUCCAAUCACAAUGGAGACUGCAACUUUGCUGCCAGAGCUAGAGUUCCUUGCGAUGACAUGUUCCAUACGACCCAUGAUAUAGACUACAAUGGAGGCUGCAGGACGGAGCCUCAGAUAUUAGACGAUCACUUGAAGGCUGACCACCCACGACUUACCAGAAAAGUCCAACCUGUGAACUCUCUUGGAACCUCUUGCUUCCAAAAGGAGUCAGGAAGGUGAGAUUCCACAUGUCUGGACUGUGAGGACUAACUGCCCUAACAUGGAUAGCCGAAGCUGAGCGAACUUGGUGAGCAGAAGAUCUAUGGCCUUGGCCCGACCUCCAUUUACUGGAC